AUGGCGCAAGACAACAGGGAUAGCUCCGGCGCGUCAUCGUCGACGUCUGGGCUGUGCACCAGCGAGUGUUCGACGCCGUUCAAGUUCAACGUGCACGCACCGGAGUUUGUGCCGAUGUCCAGCCCGCUGACGGUCGCCGGCUACUUCUCACCGUUCGUGCAGCUUUCCGGCGCCGGUAGCGGCAUUGGGCUGGCCGCGGACUGGAGCUUCUUCGGCGAGCCGGAGCCGACGUCGUUCUUUAUGGCGCCUGGUCUCGCGCACGUCGAUAUCGGUGGACUUGCCGGUGGCAGUGUGCAGCCCAAGGGGGCAAGUCCGGCCGACAUCGCGCACAAAAUUGUUAAACAGGUUGAGUAUCAAUUCAGCGACACGAAUUUGAUCGCGAAUGAUUUCUUGAUGAAGAUCAUGAACAAAGACCCUGAGGGUUAUGUUCCAAUGUCUGUCAUUUCAUCCUGGAAGAAAAUCAAGGCUAUGGGUGUAACCAGCCAACUGCUUGUUAAGGCUCUUCGAACCUCGGAAAAGCUCGUUGUCAGCGACGACGGCAAGAAAGUGCGUCGGGCACAGCCGUUCACUGAGCGACACAAAGAAGAGCUGCAGUCUCGAAUGAUCAUCGCGGAGAAUUUACCAGAGGAUUCGACCAGGAACAGCCUUGAGAAGAUCUUCGGUAUGAUUGGAAGCGUGAAGAACAUCAGAAUAUGUCAUCCGCAGGAGCCUAGCACUGCAAGGUCUUCAAAGCCUGAUACACUAGUUCGUAAUAAGUUGCAUGCACUCAUAGAGUAUGAGAGCGCGCAGCAAGCCGAGAAGGCAGUGGGCAAGUUGAACGACGAACGGAACUGGAGGAAGGGGCUUCGGGUGCGCCCUGUGCUUCGACGAUCGGUAACUGAAACUCAUCAGCGUUCCGACACAACAGGGCCGUGGGGAAGAGGGCGGGUGAGGCCGCACGCCACCACCGCAGCGCCACCGCAUGCUGGAGCCGCCGUCGCGCAUCUGGAGUCCCUGAUCACCCGGCCGCAGGGCCCGAGAAUGCCCGACGGCACGCGAGGGUUCACCAUGGGAAGAGGGAGGCCGUCGCUGCUCUUGGUCUAG